UUUUGUUACUUUUCAGUCCCUAUUUGGAACUGCUCUCGCGGCAGUUCAGACCUCGUGCUCGUCCCCCUAGCCUGUCUGUGUGUGGUAUCCGCAGGUCCGGGGCACUUUUUUGGGUGUGUGUGUGUGUGUGUGUGUGUGUUUGGGAGUGUGUGUUUGGGGGGUUUGUCAGGGCGCGGAGAGGAGAGCCGGGCCGAGGGGAAGGAAGGAAGCCGCAGAGCUCCCGGGUCUCCGGCUGCGCUCUCCUGCCUGUGCGCUCCGAGGCGGCCGCGGUGGCGGCGCCGAGCGCUCCUCGCCGAGGACGCGGCGCUGGAGCUGGGAACAGCGAGGACCCCUUUGUGGAGGCUUCCUGUGCCCGCUGGAGUUAGGAUGCCAGGGCGGCAGAUUUGCACCUACUGAUCUGGAGUUUCCUCCUCGGCCCUGGGAAGGGCUUGCAGCGGCGGCGGCGGCGGCGGCGGCGGCGGCGGCGGCGGCGGCAGUAGCAGACGGAACAGCAGGCUCUCCUCUCCGAGGGGGGGCGUCGAAGCGCCCGCGCCGGGCUCCCGCCCUCACCCUCCGGCGCUCCUGCGGCCCCCAGCCACCACAUCGGUGCUUGCCUCCUUCCUCUUCUCCCCGAGCGCCGCCUCUGGGAUCCGACCCGCACGCCCCGGAUGCUGGGGCAGCCUCGGCGCGCCCCCCUUGCGGCGCAAGGCUCUGAGUGAUCCGGAGGGGGCCCGCAGUCGCCCCAGGAGGGGACCCCGGCCUCGGGACCCCGCGCCGGAGCCACCGGGGAGACGACGAUGUCCGCACGGCACUCGGCUCUGAAGCGCUCCACGCAGCUGGGGGAAGGCGGCCGGCCGCAGCCCGCCGAGCCCUAGGCGCACAAAGCCCGCGCCCGCCGCCCGGCCUCGGCGCCCGCAGACGACUUUGACGCCUGCUCCGCAGCUCUUUGUCUCCACUUGGGGCGAGCGCCCGACUCUGGGAUUUCGCUGCGAGAGCGGGCUGGGGGGGCCGGGGGCGAGCUCUCGGUUUCCCGGCCGCCCCCCGCUGGGGCUUGGCUCCCCCCUCCCCCGCACCUCCCCGGCCCGAGCUCUCGGCGCUUCCACGCUCUUGGAAUCACGACCCCUCCCUGCCAUGUAUCCGCAAGGCAGACAUCCGGCUCCCCAUCAACCCGGGCAGCCGGGAUUUAAAUUCACGGUGGCUGAGUCUUGUGACAGGAUCAAAGACGAAUUCCAGUUCCUGCAAGCUCAAUAUCACAGCCUCAAAGUGGAGUACGACAAGCUGGCGAACGAGAAGACGGAGAUGCAGCGCCAUUACGUGAUGUACUACGAGAUGUCCUAUGGCCUGAACAUCGAAAUGCACAAGCAGACAGAGAUUGCGAAGAGAUUGAACACGAUUUUAGCACAGAUCAUGCCUUUUCUGUCACAAGAGCACCAGCAGCAGGUGGCCCAGGCGGUGGAGCGUGCCAAGCAGGUCACCAUGACGGAGCUAAACGCCAUCAUCGGGGUACGUGGACUCCCCAAUCUGCCUCUCACCCAACAGCAGCUCCAGGCCCAGCACCUCUCCCACGCCACGCAUGGCCCCCCGGUCCAGUUGCCUCCCCACCCGUCAGGCCUGCAGCCUCCAGGGAUCCCCCCGGUGACGGGGAGCAGCUCGGGGCUGCUGGCGCUUGGUGCCCUGGGCAGCCAGGCCCACCUGACGGUAAAGGACGAGAAGAACCACCAUGAGCUGGACCACAGAGAAAGAGAAUCCAGUGCGAAUAACUCCGUGUCGCCCUCAGAAAGCCUCCGGGCCAGUGAAAAGCACCGGGGCUCCGCGGACUACAGCAUGGAAGCCAAGAAGCGGAAAGCCGAGGAGAAGGAUAGUCUGAGCCGAUACGACAGUGACGGGGACAAGAGUGACGAUCUGGUGGUGGAUGUUUCCAACGAGGACCCCGCGACGCCCCGGGUCAGCCCGGCACACUCCCCUCCUGAAAAUGGGCUGGACAAGGCCCGCGGCCUGAAAAAGGACGCCCCCACUAGCCCCGCCUCCGUAGCCUCCUCCAGCAGCACACCUUCCUCCAAGACCAAAGACCUUGGUCAUAACGACAAGUCCUCCACCCCUGGGCUCAAGUCCAACACGCCUACUCCAAGGAACGAUGCCCCGACUCCAGGCACCAGCACGACCCCAGGGCUCCGGUCGAUGCCGGGCAAACCUCCAGGCAUGGACCCGAUAGGUAUAAUGGCCUCGGCCUUGCGCACGCCCAUCUCCAUUACCAGCUCCUACGCGGCCCCCUUUGCCAUGAUGAGCCACCACGAGAUGAACGGCUCGCUCACCAGCCCGAGCGCCUACGCCAGCCUUCACAACAUCCCACCGCAGAUGAGCGCAGCUGCUGCUGCCGCCGCCGCUGCCUAUGGCCGAUCGCCAAUGGUGAGCUUUGGAGCUGUUGGUUUUGACCCUCACCCUCCCAUGCGGGCCACUGGCCUUCCCUCAAGCCUUGCCUCCAUUCCUGGUGGGAAACCGGCGUACUCUUUCCACGUGAGUGCUGACGGGCAGAUGCAGCCCGUGCCCUUCCCCCACGACGCCUUGGCUGGUCCCGGCAUCCCCCGCCAUGCCCGUCAGAUCAACACGCUGAGCCACGGGGAGGUGGUGUGUGCUGUGACCAUCAGCAACCCCACGCGGCAUGUCUACACGGGGGGCAAGGGCUGUGUGAAGAUCUGGGACAUCAGCCAGCCAGGCAGCAAGAGCCCGAUCUCCCAGCUGGACUGCCUGAACAGGGACAACUACAUCCGCUCGUGCAAGCUGCUCCCCGACGGGCGCACGCUCAUUGUGGGUGGCGAGGCCAGCACGCUCACCAUCUGGGACCUGGCCUCACCCACGCCCCGCAUCAAGGCCGAGCUGACAUCCUCAGCCCCUGCCUGCUACGCCCUGGCCAUCAGCCCUGACGCCAAAGUCUGCUUCUCCUGCUGCAGCGACGGCAACAUCGCCGUGUGGGACCUGCACAACCAGACCCUGGUCAGGCAGUUCCAGGGUCACACAGAUGGGGCCAGCUGCAUAGACAUCUCCCACGAUGGCACCAAGCUGUGGACCGGAGGCCUGGACAACACCGUGCGCUCCUGGGACCUGCGCGAGGGCCGCCAGCUGCAGCAGCAUGACUUCACCUCCCAGAUCUUCUCACUGGGCUACUGCCCCACUGGGGAGUGGCUGGCUGUGGGCAUGGAGAGCAGCAACGUGGAGGUCCUGCACCACACCAAGCCGGACAAGUACCAGCUGCACUUGCACGAGAGCUGCGUGCUAUCACUGAAGUUUGCCUACUGCGGCAAGUGGUUCGUGAGCACUGGGAAAGACAAUCUCCUCAAUGCCUGGAGGACGCCGUACGGAGCCAGCAUAUUCCAGUCCAAGGAAUCCUCAUCUGUCUUGAGUUGUGACAUUUCGGCAGAUGACAAAUAUAUUGUAACAGGCUCUGGUGACAAGAAGGCCACGGUUUAUGAGGUCAUCUACUAAACAAGGACUCUAACUGGGCUGUCAGACUCUGGGAGAGACAGACUCGGCGGUGACAGGGCGACCCCGCGAGGGGCCCCGAGGCUGGCAGAGGCUGGCGGCGGGCAGCCGAGUUGUCCAGGGCUGCGCUCCGGCAGGCCGAGAGGGUGCGCCCGCCACAGUCCGGACCGCUGGGCAUGGACCCCUGUGUCUCAAGGACUCCGAUGGAUGUCUCUCCUCCUCCCCGUCCGCAACCCUGGCAGAUGCUACAAGUAGAUCUCUUUGGAGGGUUGAGGCUCCAACCCCCCAACAGACGCCCUCAUGAAUCUC